AUGACGGAAAUCAACAGAUAUCCGUACUUCCACCCGACCUGCCCACUCUGCCAGCACGACGUCGCCAUCGAACACACUUCCAGCUAUCGUCUCUUCCCACUACACCAGUCACGCUACUUCGACUCUCUCCAGGAACAGCCCCAGUACACAGACGGCCGUGUCUUCGUCCAGGGAGUUCUCUUCCAAAUCAAACGGUUCCCAGGUGUCAGAUACACAGACAGGGCGGUGCUCAUCCACUGCCGCUGUCUCUCCAUCAUCAGCCACUUGGCGCCCGGCAGCGUCAGCCGGUUGCUCGACCUGAUAGAGCCUACUUUCUUGCCCUCCUCGACAGGACCGGUAGAUGAACACGGCGCUUUUCACCACGUCGAUGGUCCCAAUAAUAAUACCAUUAAUAGUGCAAGUAUAGAUAUAGAUGUCAGAAAAGGGAUUUCUAAACUCCCAAAUGAAGUAUGGAACUUGAUAUCAAAGUAUGAUGUGGGCAGACUAGAGUUCAUCGUCAGGCUGGCAGCCCAGCUUCAGCCUCUAUCUGCCUCUCCCCUGCUCAUAUUGGACUCCAGGUUCGAGCUCGAAACCGUAGAUGUACGCGGGGACACUGUCAGAAUUCAUCUUGUGCGGGUUGGUGGUCGUGUGUACAUCAGCCAUCUCUCAGAUCCUGAAGACGGUGCUUCUACCCCUACCAAGGAGCAUGAUAGAAAUACCCUGCCAUAUAGGGACUACCAGUUUGGAGACAGCACAUUUCUAGCCGUCAAGACAGACAGUAUUGGUGUGGUUGAUAUAGCUCUGGAUGAAAGUGAUGGUCGACCAAACUGGAUAUUCGACCAUCCCACCGCCCCCUUUAAAAAGCAGAUAUCCAGAGUCAGAGAUGCAGAUCUACAUAGGCUACGACUUUCAAUGAAAUGUCGAGCCAUACUGCCCACUAACAGAGGUGGGAUUGAGCCUUAUUUCGAUGCAGAUAGUAUGCCGCCGGGAAACUCAUGGAUCAACUCCAGCAUACGAGUAGGCUCCUGGCCAACACAGCAGUCUGAUCCAUCCACAUACCUUGCCCACGCCACCUAUAUCUCCUUCCAAAAAGCUCAGUCAGUCACUUUCUACACAGAUCUUGUCCGUCGUGGCAUCACGGAAGUAUACAUCAACGAGCGCCAGCACCGCGGCUACUCCGUUUCUUUCCCAGACGUACAGCCAUCUAGGACUUUUGAAAUCAACGGAUCAUGGCUUCCCGCCCUGCCACAGAGCGGUAUCGUUAUCCAGCAAGUUGUUCUCGACCACGUCAUUGGCAUUUGGCUGGGCGAGACGUUCCCGCUCCAACCAGUCCAUAUUGGUGUUGUGAGGGACGAGUCUGCGCCCCCACUACUGCCGGGUGACCAGAUGCCGAAAGUUCCCGACUUAUCCAUGUUCACCAGUAGAUGGUAG